AGAAAUGUACCCAAGAGUUACUGAGGAACAGGCUCUGCCCCAACCUUUGUCAAGCUCCUUUAGGGACUGCUUGCAUGAAAAGCGGAAUGAUGGAAGGAAGUGCCCUUUGAACCUUGGGUCCAGCUGAGGCCAGAAGGAGAAGCAUCAGCUCAUGGCCACUUUGAUUUUAAUUCCGGGCCCUGUCCGGUGGCCCCUCUGUGUUGUGGGUCUCCAUGCCCACUGACCCUGGGGCAGAGUCCACCCUGCCGUUGCCCUGCCUGCCUGCCAGUUUCCCAACAGGGCAGCAAACAGUAUCGUGACCUCAGAGAAUUGUUCUAAGGUCAUUAGUCCACCAGUGCAGCAAACAGUAUUGUGACCUCAGACAAUUGUUGUAAGGUCCAUCUGUCUGUCUAUCGGAACAGAUGCAAAGCCCUGGAAUUGUGUGGUUUAGUUUACUCUCUGGUUGUCCCAUCUUACUGGUCCUCCUUAGGGUCAACCUGCCCACGCCUUUACCAUCCCCCAUGCAGAACUGGACGGGCUUUAGGAGUGGCUGCUGAUAGAAAAGCCAGUGGUUGUCUCAGCAACAGAAUAUUCAUUUAGAGCCAACAUGUCUGCGGGCCGCAGUGUCCAGACUCACACCAGGUUCAAAAAAAAGCCCCUCUCGGUGGAUGACGUCAUGAAGCUGCUUGGCUGCAUCUCGGAGUAUGAGGAUUUGAAGGUGACCUACAAGUUCUCUAAGAAGGGCGCGAUGAUUGCAGGAACUGUGGCCUUCAUCGGUGGUCUGGUCGGAGGACCACCCGGAAUAGCUGUGGGGGGGGCUGUCGGGGGUCUAUUAGGUGCAUGGAUGACAAGGGGACAAUUUAAGCCGAUUCCUCAGAUCAUAAUGGAGCUGACGCCUGAUAAGAGGCGGAAGAUCUAUGAUGAAGCCACCGCCAUCCUCGGGGACCUGGAGUGGGCGGACGCUGUGGAGCUGACCAAGCAGGUCAUGGACAAUGAGUUUGUGAAGCAGCAGCUGCUGGCCCUUCUGAGAAAGUUCUUCAACGGCUAAGGUAAAACCAGCCUGGUACAUAGAAGACUCCAGAUGGUUCGAAUGCAAAGGCAGGGCUUCCUCCAGAAUGAACUCUGCCCCAGGCCCGUCCCCAGAGACAGUCACUGUACAAAUUUCUCGUGCAUUCCUUAACUCGGUUUUUAAAUAGUCUUUGAAAACCAUUCAUUUCCUUUUAUUUCUCAGUGUUCAUUGAUGAAAGUUUAGGACAAUCUAUCCAGAAAAGGAUGGUGAAACCACUACAAAUUUUACCACCCAGAAAAUCACUUUUAACACAUUUGGUACGAUUCAUACAAACCUUUUAAUGCUAUGUAUGUCCAUUUCCAGCAUAUUUACAUUCUUCAUGUUUAGGCCUCUUUGAAUGCUUUUAUCAAUUAACAUUAUAUAACAUUUGUGAUUUAAUUAAAAGUUCAUUGUAAACAUGUGUCAUGGCUGUAUACUAUGCCAUCCUACUUAGCCCUUUCCCUGAUGUGGUUUUCAUUGCUGCAGUGAACAGUUUUGUGUUAACAUUCUGUUCAUAUUUCAGACUCUCAUGGACUUUUGGAUAGACUCCUCAAAGUA